CGCGAUUUGAAAGAAAGUUACUGGUGGUCCGGUAUGAAGAGAGAGAUAGCCGAGUACAUCAGUCGGUGCCUUACUUGUCAGCAAGUCAAGGCAGAGCAUCAGCAUCCAGCUGGGUUAUUACAGCCACUUUCCAUUCCAGAAUGGAAGUGGGAGCAUGUGACUAUGGAUUUCGUGGUGGGGUUGCCACGGACCGUGAACAACUAUGAUGCGGUAUGGGUAGUAGUUGAUAGGCUCACCAAGAGUGCUCACUUUUUGCCUAUUAACAUCACUUACCCUCUUGAAAGAUUGGCGAAGCUAUACACGGAGGAGAUUGUGAGACUACAUGGAGUCCCGAUAUCCAUUGUCUCGGAUAGGGAUCCACGUUUCACAUCUCGAUUUUGGCCCAAGUUUCAAGCAUCUUUGGGUACUAAAUUGAAGUUUAGCACGGCUUUUCAUCCACAGACUGAUGGACAAUCCGAGCGAGUGAUACAGAUAUUGGAGGACAUGCUUAGGGCGUGUGCUCUGGAGUUCCAAGGAAGUUGGGACAAACAUUUGGCUCUAGUCGAGUUCGCCUAUAACAACAGUUAUCAGGCGAGUAUUGGCAUGCCUCCAUACGAGGCAUUGUAUGGGAGGAAGUGCAGGACACCGUUAUGUUGGGACGAGGUCGGCGAGGCCAAGCUCGAGGGGAUUGAACUUGUUGAAAUCACCAAGACUAAAGUGAAAGUCAUUCAGGAUAGACUCAAGACUGCCCAGGAUCGGCAGAAGAGCUAUGCCGACAAACGACGCAGGCCAUUGGAGUUCGAGGUCGGUGAUAAGGUCUUCCUAAGAAUUUCUCCUUGGAAGGGUAUCAUCCGAUUUAUAUCGAGGGGAAAACUCAACCCCCGAUACAUCGGUCCGUUUGAAAUCCUUGAAAGGAUUGGGGCGGUGGCUUACCGUCUCAAGCUGACGCCGGAACUUGAGAAGAUACACGACGUGUUUCAUGUAUCGAUGCUCAAGAAAUACGUGAGAGAUCCAUCUCAUAUUCUUGAGAAGCCACCGGUGGAGAUACGUGAAGAUCUACAAUAUGCAGUGGAACCGGUAAAGGUUGUGGGUCAACAGGUGAAGAAAUUGAGGAACAAGGAGAUUCCUAUGGUAAAAGUCCUUUGGAGGAGUGAUCGGGUCGAGGAAGAAACAUGGGAGACUGAGGUCUCAAUGAGAGAGCAAUACCCUUUUCUCUUCGAUUAGACACGUGGAUUUCGGGGACGAAAUCCCAAAUAAGGGGGGGUGAACUUGUAACACCGUCCCCAAAUGUAUUUACUUUUAAAGUGAAUAUUGUAUUUUAACCUUAUGGAAUGGUUGACGGAUUUACGAGGUUAUGAAUUUUUAUUAAUUUUUGCGUGAAUAGUAAGUUCGCGCGUGGGGCCCGCACCGGGAGCGGGGGCCGCCCGAUAUUCCCGGGACCACGUAAAUUAUUCAUCUUGGUCUAGAUAAUAUUUAUAUGGGGGUGGAUAAUUCUUUUGAAUCAGGGAAAGGUCUUGAGUUGACCGAUUGGUCAAAAGAGGCCCAAAUACCGGUAUUGACAAUCUAACCGAUAAAAGCCCGAAAUUGGAUUUCGGAGACCUAUAAAUUUAAGUUGGGAAAUGUAUAUUCAUUUUAAGGGUCAUAAUGAUUGGGAACAUGUAAUAUAUCUUAUUUGACCCGAUAAAAUAAAAUAUAUUUAAAACUGUCCGAAAAAUACAACUUUCGGGACAAAGUGUACACUUCUGGACAAAAGGGGUUGACCUCCCACAUGGGUGGGGGCCAACCCACGAAUUUAGCCACACAAAUUGAGGCAUGGGGCUGCUGAAUGGAGAGGAGGAAGAUGGGUAGAAGUUGGGUUGACUUGAGAGGCAUCUAAAGGACAAAGGUGGGUCUCUCAACCCACACAUAAUUGCCUAUUGAGACAAAAAGCCAACCCCAACCCCUCUCUCCCCUAUUCUCGGCCAGCACCAACCCCAGCAAGGGAAGAAAAGAUCUCCAUCCUCCUCUCCCCAUCCUUGAAGAGAGCUCAAACAAUAGAGGUCCAAGAGGGAAGAUUUAAGAGAGAAAAAGCUAGGAAAAGUGAGAAAGAUUAAGGAACUUGAUUAAAGUACUUUGGAGCUUCGCCGGAGUUUCGCCGGAGUUGGUCAAAGUUGGCCGGAGUUGGUCAAAGUUCACCGGAAAUAGUCAAAGUUCAACCGCGGAGCGUAGAACACGCUUAAGCUCACUUAAGUUUCAGGUAGAACUUGAAGGGUGCUACCAUCACCGUUGCCUCGGGCGGAUUAUCAAGGAGAGGAGACGUGGUUCGUGCUUCCUCCGUUUCUGUUUUAAAACAUUCAAAUUAAUGCUCAUGGAUACUAUUUUCCGAAUAAUUAUUUAGGGCUUGCACGCCCGUGUUUGCCACGUGUGGCUCGAAUGCUUGUAUUAAUAUUUCCGCUGCUUAAUUAAAUGAUUUACAUUGUG